AAAAGGCAAUGCUGGUCUUCAGCCUAACGCAAAGCCUCAUUUCGAGACCAAUGUGGUCUUUGUCUGUAUUGUAUUUAUUUUGCAAAUGUAAUCGUUCAGGUUGCAAUAAUGUAGAUGUGAACGAUACUGCAUCCUCCUGUGAUACCUAGCUAUCCAUCCAUGAUUUAGGCAAAGCGACGUUGACAUUUUUACAGAGGGGCAGACUGUCUGGCCAGCAAACCGUAUCGGCAAUGAGGGGUUUGUUUUCCUUAAUAACAACUAGUUAGCUACAGCAGCUAUCCUCCAUCCGUGUUGAAGCGAGGAAUUGUGUUAUAACGUUUAUGAUGUGGCAAAUACCACCUGUAAACUGUAUGUCAGUCUGUCGAAUUAGUUAACGGACUCAACUCUAAACUACAGCGAUUUAGCGAGCUAGCUGUAAACAUCUGUUUACUUACUUGGUAACUAGAGCUAGCUAGCAAGCACUGACAACAAGAAGACGAUGUGGCAAAGCGUUGGUCUCACUGUGCUGGUAAUUGUGGCCACCCUUGUGUGCGCGUUGCUCUUCAUGGUUUUUGGUUGGUAUGUUGUCUGGCAGCUCUUCCUGUCCAAGUUCAAGUUCCUGCGCGAGAUGUUGGGCGACACCGGCUCUCCACAGGCCGAGACCCAGCCUUCCGAAUCCAGGAGCGAACGUACCUCUCCUCCACCCCCACGCCAGAGGCCCAAGACUGCCCGCCAGAGGGCUGUUCCUCCUAAUAGUACUACAUAGAUUACCUCACCCGUCCGCUGUCGGCCACACCCUAUCCUGUUGUUCACCAAACCAGCCGUCCCACUAGGAAACAGUGGUGGACAAAAACCCCUUUAAUAAAUUGCAUGAUUUGGAAUGGCAUACUACCCCCAUGUCCGUGUAUACUGCUGCCUCUCCUGAUGAAAUCCACCCCUCCACUCUGCACUACUAAAGACAUCCUCGUUGAUGACACUUGACACGUUCGUCUUACUAGACUAGGCACAGCUGCUGAUAUUAUAAAGGGACAAGCCAUCAAAUCAUGGAACAUUCUGUAUGCCACUUGUUCAUGUUUCAAAUAUGUAUUUUAGCUGUUCACAGUGUAUCAAAUCAAAUCAAAUGUAUUUAUAUAGCCCUUCGUACAUCAGCUGAUAUCUCAAAGUGCUGUACAGAAACCCAGCCUAAAACCCCAAACAGCAAGCAAUGCAGGUGUAGAAGCACGGUGGCUAGGAAAAACUCCCUAGAAAGGCCAAUACCUAGGAAGAAACCUAGAGAGGAACCAGGCUAUGUGGGGUGGCCAGUCCUCUUCUGGCUGUGCCGGGUGGAGAUUAUAACAGAACAUGGUCAAGAUGUUCAAUGUUCAUAAAUGACCAGCAUGGUCAGUGUAUGUACUGAGCAGCAUGUUUGGUCUCUUCACCUGGCCUUCACUGACACUGCAACAUGGUCACCACUGACUGGCUGACGCUGUAACACGGUCAGCUCUGACUGGCUGACGCUGUAACACGGUCAGCUCUGACUGGCUGACGCUGUAACACGGUCAGCUCUGACUGGCUGAGGCUGUAACAUGGUCAGCUCUGACUGGCUGACGCUGUAACAUGCUCAGCUCUGACUGGCUGACGCUGUAACAUGCUCAGCUCUGAUUGGCUGACAUGUUCAGCUCUGAUUGGCUGACACUGGAACAUGGUCAGCUCUGUGGACUCCUGAGUGGCGCAGCGGUCUAAGGUGCUGCAUCUCAUUGUUAGAGGCGUCACUACAGACCCUGGUUCGAUUCCGGGCUGUAUCACAACCGGCCGUGAUUGAGAGUCCCAUAGGGCGGCGCACAAUUGGCCCAGCGUCAUCCGGGUUAAAGUUUGGCCCGGGGUAGGCCGUCAUUGUAAAUAAGAAUUUGUUCUUAACUGACUUGCCUAGUAAAUAAAGGUUAAAUAAAAUAUUGGCUGACACUGGAACAUGGUCAGCUCUGAUUGGCUGACACUGGAACAUGGUCAGCUCUGACUGGCUGUCAUGCUGCUGACACCUGCAUGGGGAAUCUGUUUCUCCAACAGCAGACAGCUGAGUGAGUUCUCUGUCGUGUGUGUGUGUGCGCACGUUUUAUGAGAGUGUGUUUAUUUGAACAGAUGUGUGUUUGUAGUAAAGCCUAUAUUCAGACACAUAGACAAAGCGUUGUAUAAACAGGCUCAUUUAUCAUUUACAUUCAGAGGCAAAACAACUUGUAGAAGAGAAACUGAAUAAAACUAUUUGCAUAACUGACAACCGAAGUUC